AUGGCAGGAGUCGCUCCGCCGUCGUCGUCGUCGGCCUCAGGCUCGGCCUCAGGCUCGUCCAACGGCCAGGCCGGAAGCAUGGGUGAGGCCGGCCUCUCGGCCAGUCGUUACUACUUUUCCCUCGAGGACCCCAAGGAGAACUGGGAAGUGGGUGACAAGGUCGGUGCCGGCUCGUUUGCCUCGGUCUACAAGGUUCGCCACAAGGGGACCAAGGAGAUCUGCGCCGCCAAGAUCAUCCGCCUCAACAACAAGAUGCCCAACGAGUUUGCCAUGGUCAAGGAUGAGGUCGACAUUCUCCGCGACGCCGCCCACCCCAACAUGAUCACUCUCUACGCCACUUACAAGCGGACAAACAAGGUGUGGAUCAUCAUGGAGUACUGCGGAGGCGGCUCCAUCCAGUCGCUCUACCAGAAGCUCCGCCGCCCGAUGACCGAAGACGAGAUCAAGUUUAUCCUCCGCGAGAUGCUCGCUGGCCUCGCCCACAUGCAUGCCCAUGGCAUCAUCCACCGCGACAUCAAGGGCGGCAACGUCCUGCUCACCCACAAGGGUGAGGUCAAGCUCGCCGACUUUGGCGUCUCGGCCCAGCUCUCCCACUCGCAGCAGCGCAAGUCCACCAUCGUCGGCACUCCGUACUGGAUGGCCCCCGAGGUUGUCUAUGAGGGUGCCACCUACGACGCCAAGGCUGACAUCUGGUCGCUCGGCAUCACCGCCCUCGAAAUGGCCGAGAUGGAGCCGCCCAACUCAAAGAUGGAUCCCAAGAUGGCCAUGUACAUGACCCCGUCCAUGCCGGCCCCAACCUUCCGCAAGCCGGCCGCCUGGUCCUCGGCCUUCCGCGACUUUGUCCGCCUCACCCUGCAGAAGAAUCCCGCGCGCCGCCCCUCCGCCGCCGCCCUCCUUGCCCAUCCCUUCCUUGCUGACGCCUCCAUCGCCCCACUCCGCGCUGCCAUCACUCUUGUCCGCGCCCGCGCCAAGGACUCCAAGCGCGCCCGCGCUGCCGCCGCAAAGGCUGCCGCAAAGGCCGGUAAGGCUCCCGCCCAGCCGCACGCCAUCCGCCGGCACGCCCCGCCGCAUCCGCAGCACGUGCCGCGCCGCCACCGCGUCGCCGCAAAGGCCUCGCCCAACGCCGCCGGCCAGGCCAACCAUCAAGCCGCCGUCCUCGCCCAGGCCAACCGCCCCAUCCAGCCCAUGCGCCAUCGCAUGCCUGCCAUGCCUGCCAUGGUGGCCUCGCCCGCCCGCCCCGCGCCCAUGCCCGGCCUCGCCUCGCCGCGUCGCGCCGCCCAGAGCCCACGCCUUGGUGCCCACAUGCGCUUCCUCCGCGCAAGCAACGAGAACCCGCCGCUCCGUUGA